GUCUCAAUCAUUUAUCAGCGGUUAUCAGAGGAGGAUGAAUAGAGCGCAAUGUCGGAUGAGCUGUCAAGCACGGCAUCCAUCACACGGUUGAUGCAAUCGUCAUUGGAACGAACUAGGAGCUUAUCGGCUCCCCUCCGACAUCUGAAUGGAGCCAGACGAGACAUGAUUCCCUUCACUUCACCCCCCCAAGUCACAGAGUCCACCCAACAAUGGCACUUUCGAAUCCAAUCCGUCGGAUAGCCGUCAUCGGGGCUGGACCAUCGGGUCUCGCUGCGGUCAAGUACCUUCUGGCCGAGAGAAGCUUUGAGCGGGUGGAUGUCUUCGAAAAGAGAAGCUCAGCUGGUGGUGUCUGGAAUUACUGCCCAGGGGUCUUGAAGGAAAACUUGACAACUGCGGUGCCACAGCUGGAUCCCAACAAACCGCUCGAGGAGCCGCUAUGGUACCCUACAGGCGGGCAGGCGAAGCCUCUCGAGCCCGUCUUUGUAUCCCCGCUCUAUAAAACACUGGACACCAAUAUUCCCAAGGAAUUGAUGGGAUACAGCGAUAAAUCAUUCGAAGCGGACUCGCAGGUGUUUCCGAAGCAUUCCUCAGUGAAGAAGUAUUUGGAAGAGUAUGCCGAAGACAUCAAGAACGUCAUUCAUUUUGAGACGCAAGUGGUGGACGUGAAGAAGACGGGAAGUGCUGUCGAUCCUUGGUCCCUCACAACAAAGAACCUACGGGACGGAGUCGAAAAGACACACUCAUACGAUGCCGUGGUGGUCGCUAGCGGGCAUUUCGAUGUUCCCUAUACGCCGGAUAUCCCUGGAGUCCAGAACUGGAACACGACAUACCCGGGCGUCAUCUCCCAUUCGAGGCUCUUUGACUCCGCAGAGCCUUUUCGUGGCAAGAAAGUUAUUGUGGUGGGGACCUCGGCUUCCGGGCUCGAUAUUGGCAAUCAAAUCAACGAAGUCUGCAAGGGAAAAGUACUGGUAUCUCAGCGAACCGAGUCGACUUUGCACCCCUCUACCCCGUUAGACAAGGUCUAUCAUCCUCAGAUCGUGGAGUUCCUGCCACCGGGUACCUAUAAUAGAGCAGUGCGGUUCACAAACGGACAUAUCGAGCAGGGAAUCGACGCCAUCGUUUUCUGCACGGGUUAUCUCUACUCCUUCCCUUUUCUGUCUUCACUUGACCCUCCUCUGGUAACCGAUGGCCGCCGCACCCUGAACGUAUACCACCAUCUCUUCUAUAUCUACGACCCAACUCUUGUUCUUCCUGUCCUUCCACAAAGAGUGAUCCCUCUCCCACUGUCGGAGAAUCAGGCCGCUGUGUUUGCCCGCGUCUGGUCAGGCAGACUCAGUCUGCCAUCUCAAGACGAAAUGAAAGCCUGGCAUGACUCGACCGUCGCCGAAAAGGGAAAUGGGACGCCGUUCCACUUGCUCCCUUUCCCACUGGAUGCUGACUACAUGAAUUUCUUGCACGACUGGGCAGCCAAGGCUCCACCUGUGCAAGGACUCGAGAAUAACGGGAAUGGCAAACAAUGUAACUACUGGGGCGAGAGACAGCGUUGGAUACGAGCACGGUUGCCUGAUAUUAAGCGGGCCUUUCUGCAAAAGGGUGAGGAACGGGGCUCUAUCAAGAGCCUGGAGCAACUCGGGUUUGACUUUGGUCAGUGGAAGCAGGAAGAAGUGCGAGCACAUAUAUAGAUCCUACACUUUACUGG